AUGGACCCUGUCUCCAGCACGCAACUUGCUAUCCGCCUGCGAUCAGAGACCGUCAAAUCGAGGUCAGGACAAGUCCAACACCAGAAUAGGAGCGUGGCUUUUGUCCCCAGCACGCGAAUUGCUGUCCGCCUGCGAUCAGGGACAGUCAAAUCGAGGUCAGGACAAGUCGAACACAAGAAGAGGAGCACAAUGGAUCCUGUCCCCGGCACACAACUUGCUAUGCGUCCGCGAUCAGAGAACGUCCGUUCGGGGUCAGGACCAGUCGAACACGAGAAGAAGACCGUCGAGGAUACAACCAAGACUCCGAAACCUUCAUUGAUUCGUGUCAGAGUUGUCGGUGAAAGUUUCUGGGGACCUCGACGUGUCUUGAUCGCAUUAGACUGUGGAGCCACCUUCAUCAAGGCAGGCGCAUGGGCUGGCAACCAGUACAAUGGCGAAACCCGACCUGCCUCAAUCGACCAUCUUGAAACGAUCCAAUGGCCUUAUGGGCACUCUAUCGCCAGAGCACAGGCUGCUAUCAAGCGAGUCGACGACAUGCUAAUCUUCAGAAACGACGUUGAGCUGGCACUGCAGAAUGGCGAGAUAACGGCAGCGGAUAGAAUGUUCUUUGACAGAUUUGACAUGGAGGAUCAGCUGUCUGCGUGUGGCGAGUCAGUGUCGGCUAGAAACAUCCCGUGGUUCGAUUUGUACUCCGGACUCCUUGCAUGGCAAUGGCGAGCAGCCGCCAAGUACGUCUCAGAACGCUACUGGGAUCUCAAAUGGCGCAGCUUUACGAAAUUCACACAGGAAGAGAAUUUCCCACCAGAUGGUCAUGAAGUGAAAGUUGCACUGUUGAUUCCUUCCAGGUCGUUGUCCAAUGUCCGACAUCGGCAAUUCAUGGUCGCAGCUGCAAAUGCAGCGGGCAUUCCCAACUUGAGGCUCGUGUCCGAAGCAGCCGCGAGGCUGGCCCAUCACAUCACCAAAUGUCUUCAAACAGUGCGCCCUGAAGACUUGGUCGGCAAGACGUUGAUGCUGUUGGAUUGCGGCGCAGACUCUGUUGACAUAGAAGUGUGGACUGUUUUAAACGUGGACCGCUGA